UUUUCUUUCUUCUCAGCACACAAUGGAGAAGAAGAUGAAGGGCAACAUGCUAAAUUACAAGAAGAAAAAAGAAACUAUCAAGAAAAAAACUAGAGAGCUUUCAAUCCUCUGUGACAUUAAAGCUUGUGUCAUUCUUGUUGAUCCUGAUGGAGAAGUAGAUACAUGGCCUGAAAAUCCCACUGAUUUCAACCCCAUUAUUCAAUCCUAUAAAGAAAAUCUCUUUAACGGCAAGAGAAAACGAAUUGAUGAUGAUGGGUGUUUCGAGAAAAAGUCAAAAAAGAAUCAUGCUCUGUUUUGCGAUGAUGGUGAAGAUCAGUGGCUUAAUGACGUGUUUAGAGAGUCGAACGAAAGUUUGUUGGUGAAAUUGAAUUCGAAAUUGGAGGCUGUGGAGAGAAGAAUUGAAUUCUUGAAGAUGAUGAAUUAUGGGAAUGGGGUUGUUGGAGGAUCAAUUUCAAGUGAGAAAGAAAGUUUACUUGCUAAUCAAGAAACCCAUAAUUCUGAUUUUGAAGUUGCAAUUAAUGGCGAUCGAUUUGAAAACAGUAGUGCUUAUAAUCAAGAAACAGAAAUUGCUAUGGCGGCUGAGUUAUGGGUGAUUGCUGGUGAUGAAUCUGCUCAUGAUCAUGGCCAAGAAAUUGAUUUUCUGAGAGGUAAUGCGACACUAAACAAUUUGAAUAAUGUGUAGAAUUUUGGGUAUGAUGAUCACUAGUUCUGAAUUUUUGAGUUGUAUUAAUUAAAAUCAUUGAUCUAUGUAGAUUAACCUUUUUAUUAUUGUUAUUGAAGAUGAUUACAGCCAUUUGACAGAGUAAAUUUGG